UAAUAACCCAAAAAGUUUCUUAGAAAAUAGUACUGGUGAGUGCAAGGGAUGAUGGGGAUUGGGCAAAUAUGGUCACAACUAGGCUCAAUUACGGCUAGCAUCAUGUUUGUCUAUGCCAUGUUUGAGAAAUUCUUCCCACCUCAUCUUCGAAUCUAUGUAUCAAAAUACACUCAGAAAUUCACAGGCCUUAUGUACCCUUACAUCCAAAUCAAAUUCCCUGAGUUCUCUGGUGAACGCCUCAAGAGAAGUGAAGCAUAUUCUGCCAUCCAAACAUACCUCAGUGCAAACUCUUCUCAAAGUGCCAAAAGGCUUAAAGCUGAAGUGGUCAAGGAUAGCCAGACUCCACUUGUGCUUAGCAUGGAUGACAAUGAAGAGAUCAAUGAUGAGUUUCAAGGGGUCAAAGUUUGGUGGAAUGCAAACUCCUUCACACUUUCAACACAGUCAUUUUCAUUGUACCCUACUUCAGAUGUUAAGAGGUACUUAACCCUCACCUUCCACAAACGUUACCGUGACAUCAUUACAGGGUCUUAUAUCCAACAUGUGUUGGAAGAAGGGAAAAAUAUUGCAUUGAAGAACAGGCAACUGAAGCUUUACACCAACAAUCCAAGCAAACAUUGGCAUGGAUACAAGAGUACAAAGUGGAGCCACAUAACAUUUGAGCACCCUGCAAGGUUUGAAACACUAGCUAUGGAUCCAAAGAAGAAGGAAGAGAUUAUAAAUGAUCUUGUUAAGUUCAAAAAUGGAAAAGAGUACUAUGCUAAGAUUGGGAAGGCUUGGAAACGUGGUUAUCUGUUGUAUGGUCCACCAGGGACAGGUAAGUCUACUAUGAUAGCUGCCAUGGCUAAUUUCAUGAACUAUGAUGUGUAUGAUCUUGAAUUAACAGCAGUGAAGGAAAACACUGAUCUAAGAAAGCUGUUGAUUGAAACAUCAAGUAAAUCAAUUAUAGUGAUUGAAGACAUUGAUUGCUCUCUUGAUCUUACUGGCCAAAGGAAGAAGAAAAAGGAAAAAGAUGAGGAUGAUGGUGAGGCACCAAAAAAUCCUAUUAAGAAAGAUGAAGAAGAAGAGAAUAAGGGAAGUAAGGUAACUCUAUCUGGGUUAUUGAAUUUUAUUGAUGGGAUUUGGUCAGCUUGUGGAGGAGAGAGGAUCAUAAUUUUCACAACCAACUUUGUGGAGAAACUUGAUCCUGCUCUCAUUAGGAGAGGAAGGAUGGACAAGCACAUUGAAUUGUCCUAUUGUUGCUAUGAAGCUUUCAAGGUGCUUGCCAAUAACUACUUGGAUGUUGAAUCACACAGUUUGUUUCCAACUAUUGAGAAGUUGUUGGGUGAGACCAACAUGACACCUGCUGAUGUUGCUGAGAAUCUGAUGCCUAAGUCAAUUAUUGAAGAUUCAGAGACUUGCUUGAAGAAUCUGAUUGAUUCUCUUGAAAAGGCCAAAGAGGAAGCCAAGAAAAAGGCAGAGGAGGAAGCAAAGAAAAAGGCUGAGGAUGAAGAAGCACAGUUGAAAGCUGAGAAAGCAAAAGAACAGAUGGGUCAAGAGGAAGUGGUGAAAGCUAAUGGAAAAUCUAAGGAAGAGGUGAAAGAGAAUGGAAAAUCCAAGGAAGAAGUGAAAGAGAAUGGUACCAUCCAAUAAUUUUAAUUAGGAAUAUUAAUUUCGAUGAUUAUAUCCAUGCUUUACAUCUCUUUUAUAAAAUCAUAGUUGAAUUAUGCUGCUGUAAUGUUGUUUUAAUUGCUUUUCCUUUGUUAUCAAAGUAAUAAAUGGAAUUCACGUUUCA